AUCAACUCACUGGACUACGACUCAUUAGCUAAAAUCUUCAUGCUGCUGCCAGUACCAGAAAGAAUAGACAUGGAAAAAGUUUGUACCAAAUGGAAAGAGGCAUGUCAACUAGCUUGGUAUGACAUUAAAGAAUACAAAUGUAAAUCAUCAAUUGGACGUUGUUAUGAUAACUGUUUGUUGACACAACCAUACCUCGAGGAAAUAUUAUUAAGAUGUGGUAAUUAUCUAAAAGAAUUGUCUCUCUCAAAUGUUUGUAAUUCAAGUAUCAUGCCAUUUGUUGGUGAUCACUGUAAAAAUUUAACAACCUUGGAAUGUAAAUUUAAUGAUGAUUCUCUAAUUGAUAAUGCUGACCACUUUGUUCAGGCAUUUACACAAUUGGAUAAAUUAAAAUGCAUUAAAAUAACAGUGGGUCACAACUGCUCGAAAUGGAAAUUUAAUCUCUCUGCAAUAAUCGAUAGUUUUCCAGAAGAAAUUAAUGAAAUUCAUUUAUUUUCUGAACCUAUAUGUGAUCUUCGAGUACGAAAUAUUUCCAUGUCUGUUCGAAGAUUCGGAAAUCUUCAAAAAUUAACAUUAGUUGGUAUCUUCUUGAACAACAUAAAUUUCCAAGAAAUAGCAGACUUAACAACACUUGUUUAUCUUAGCAUUGGACUACAGAGUAAAAGACACAAUAACCAUUCUCUAUUUAAUAAACUUGUUAAUUUAGAGUAUAUCGACGUAAAGAUGGGUACUAUGUAUUAUGGGGACAACAUCUCAACAGAAGAACUUGAGACUAUUUUUUGUACAUGCAAAAAUCUUAAACAUCUUGAUAUUCCACAAUGUUCUUAUACUGUAGCUGGAAUUCCUCUUGAGAAAUGGAUAAACUUUCAAAAUUUACAACAUCUUGGAAUUUCUUGUCAUUUAACGCCUGAGUUAGCAAAUACAAUUGUUAAAUACUGCAAGAAUUUAAAACAUUUGAGAAUACCUAAUUACUAUGGGAAUAAUACGUAUUCUUUAAAAAAGUUAACAGAGUUGGAAAAUCUUGAAUGUUUAAUAUUGGGUAGUCCGAAUUAUCUCCAUGAGGAAUCAAUAAUCGCAAUUUCAAACAAUUGUAAAAAACUUAAACGCUUGGAAAUUCCUGAUUGCGAUAUACAACCAGCUAUUGAUGAUCUCCCACUAUCUUCUCCGUCUGUUCUUGAUGAGUUAUCGAAAUUGCAAUAUCUUGAACAUCUAAAUUUACGUAGAGCAAACAAUCUUGAAGAUAGUACAAUUAUUGCUAUUGCUAAUAAUUGUAAAAACCUAAAAAAAUUAGAUAUCCGAGAUUGCAAAACUAUUACUAAAACAGCUCUUGUUGCUUUAACAAACUUGAAAAAUUUACAAAUACUUAAUGUAAGUUAUCUUGAUAAUAUAAUAACCAACAGCUUCAUUAUCAAAUUGACAGGCUUAAAAGAAUUGGAUUGUUCUUAUUGCCGAAAACUUACUAAUUCCGGUAUUAUUCAAUUUAUAAAAAAUAAUCCAGAUCUUGAAUUUCUUAAUGUCUGCUUUAUUGAAAAGAUUACAGCUAACUUGAUUACUGCUGCUGAUAAGGCAACUAAAAAUCGUACAAAUGGUAUAAUUUUACACAUACGAAUAUCUAAUCCGUCAAUAAUACAAACAUCUAAGUCAAAAAUUAAAUCUCAAUGGUUAGUUGUUGGAUCUACACGUUAAUAUUUUUGUAAAACUAAGUUUAGAAAUAAAUAUACUUUCUUGAAUAAUUUUUGUAUGGAACAAUUAUUUCCACCCUAAAUGGUACGUAUGUAAUUACAGCUUUGAUGAUAUUCAAGUGGCCUAAAGAACCAUUUUAUAUAUUUUUUCAAUAUAAAUUUGCC